AUGGCGACAUACAACAAUGGCAACCAGUCUUUCUUCCAAACUCACUAUAGAGGUGCUUCUCAGAUCGCUUCAGACACAGCAGGUGUCACGAAGCCAUCUGAGCCACCCACCCAGGGUUCACAGUACAUCACUUCCAACUUUGGUCAGCCAUGGCCAGCCGAUGGUCAGCAUGCUUUGAAUGUUGGUGGUAUGCCAGUCACAAGUGAUCCAUUCCUCUUCGAGAAGCAACAAACCUUUGUACGAGAGAAGAUUGUCGAGCGACGAGUUCACCCUUGCGGUUCUGGUCACUUUGGCUAUUUUGAAGUCACCAAGGAUGUUUCCAACCUGUGCAAGGCCGACUUCCUGUCUGAUGUUGGCAAGAAAACCCCGUUGUUCUUGCGAUUCUCGACUGUCACAUUCGGUCGUGAAUUCCCUGAUCUGGCCCGUAACCCAAGAGGUUUCGCUAUCAAAUUCUACACUGGCGAGGGUAACUACGACAUCGUCGGUCUAAACUGGCCUAUCUUCUUCGUACGUGAUCCUAUGCAGGGCCCAGACAACAUCCGAAGUCAGAGCAGAAACCCCAAUACUUUCUUCAUCGACUACGAUGCUACGUUCGACUUCCUUGCCAACGUACCAGAAAGCAACCACGCCGGCACCAUGUUCUUCUCCGAUAGUGGACACCCUGAUGGCUGGAACUUCCACGGCUACGGCAACCACACUUUCACAUGGGUUAACAGCAAGGGCGAGCGAAACCUCAUCAAGUACACCUUCCUGAAGAAGGGCGGUCAGAGAUUUCUUGACUUUGCCACAGCUCAGAAGCUUUCCGGUAUCGACCCAGAUUAUUCCAAGCGUGAUAUGUUCAAUCAGAUCCAGAAGGGUAUUCAAGGAGAAGGAGACUUCCCAGAAUGGACUGCAUACGUCCAAGUCAUGACUCCUCAGCAGGCAGAGCAGCAGAGCUUCGAUCCAUUUGACGUUACCAAGGUCUGGCCAAGAGGCGACUUCCCUCUCCAGGAGUUUGGCAAGAUCGUGCUCAACAAGAACCCUGACCAUUACUUCCGCGAUGUCGAGCAAGCCGCUUUCUCGCCAUCUUCCCUCGUUCCAGGUAUCCAAUCCUCCCCAGAUAUGCUCCUCCAAUGGCGUAUGUUCUUCUACCGAGAUGCUCAGAUGUACCGACUUGGCAGCAACAUGCACCAAAUCCCCGUCAACUGCCCAUUCAUGGCCGGAAACAUUGCCCCACAAAGCUACGACGGUCUCAUGAGACUGGACAACGCCAACCAAGACACAAAGAACUACCAACCAAAUAGCUACGACAAGCCAUCGUACAGCGAGCGAAGCGUCGAAGCUCCAUUCGCCGUCGCAAACAACAUCGUCAGCCGACAGUCCCACCACAAGAACGAAGGCACCGACGACGAAUACACCCAAGCCCGAGAACUAUACAACCGAGUCAUGGACGACACUCAGCGUGACCAUCUCCACUCCAACACCGCAACCUGCAUGAACGCCGGCGUUUCGAAAUUGGUCCGAACCAAGUACCUGGCACAGGUCUGGAACAUCAGCCCAGACUACGUCAAGGGCGUUGUCAACUAUUUGACUGACAAGAACGUCGACCUCGGUGAGGUGGAGAAGCUCAGCAAGGACGCGGCUAUGAUGGGUAAGACACAGAAGUAUAAGCCCAAGGAGAGCGCUAUGCACUUCUUGACUGGUAGGGAUGUACCAGAGGGCCAGGCUCCUUAUCCAAGCGAGAAUACACAGGGUCUUGCAUCGAACCUGGCACAGCGCGCGUCUGCCAUGAUGCCUUCGACGUCGUAA